GUCAAAAGGAAAUUUGUUCAGGCAUAGCGAGGACAGCGUCGGGGCCCUGCAGUUCUGCCUGCGCAGCGCAGGCUUCUUGGUCGCCGUGGCGAAAACGUGGAGGGUUGAAAUAGACGGGACCACGGGUCUUCAGAGUUGAAUCAUUAUGGAGUACAUGCAAGCCCCUGCUCCCAGCAGCCAGGGCAACAUCCUGUGCUGUACCUGUGGUGUCCCCAUCCCUCCCAACCCAGCCAACAUGUGUGUGGCCUGCCUUCGCACUCAGGUCGACAUCUCAGAGGGAAUUCCCAAACAAGUCACAGUGCACUUCUGCAAGCAGUGUGAACGGUAUUUGCAGCCACCAGCCACCUGGGUGCAAUGUGCUCUGGAAUCCAGGGAGCUCCUGGCUCUUUGUCUGAAAAAGCUUAAGAGCUCAAUGACAAAAGUUCGUCUCAUUGAUGCUGGCUUCCUGUGGACGGAGCCGCACUCCAAGAGGAUUAAGAUGAAACUGACCGUCCAGAAAGAGGUGAUGAAUGGCGCGAUCCUGCAGCAGGUGUUUGUGGUGGAGUUUGUCAUCCAGUCACAGAUGUGUGACGACUGCCAUCGUGUGGAGGCCAAAGACUUCUGGAAGGCAGUGGUUCAAGUGAGGCAGAAGACGGUUCAUAAAAAGACUUUCUACUAUUUAGAGCAGCUGCUCCUAAAGCAUAAACUGCACAUGAAUGCUCUCAACAUCAAAGAAAUUCAUGAGGGGAUUGAUUUUUACUACGGCUCCAAGCAGCACGCUCAGAAGAUGGUGGACUUCUUGCAGUGCACCGUGCCCUGCAGGUCCAAAACAUCCCAGCGCCUCAUCUCUCACGACAUUCAUUCAAACACCUACAACUAUAAGAGCACUUUCUCUGUAGAAAUUGUUCCGGUGUGCAAGGACAAUGUAGUGUGUCUUUCACCACGGCUGGCGCAGAGCCUGGGGAACAUGGGUCAGAUCUGUGUGUGCAUCCGAGUCACCAGCACCAUCCAUCUCAUUGAUCCCCGCACCCUGCAGAUUGCGGAGGUGGAUGGAAACACAUACUGGCGUAACCCUUUCAACAGUCUCUGUAGCCCACGGCAACUGGAGGAGUUCAUUGUUAUGGACGUCGACAUCAUCAGGGACCAGAAGCUGGGAGCUGGAGCUGGCACCAGGUCCAGCAAGCACACACUGGCUGAGGUGUGGGUCCAGAAAACAUCAGAGAUGGAUACGAGUCAGCAGUACCACUGUCGGACCUUCCUGGGUCACCUGCUGAACAUUGGAGACCUGGUUCUGGGGUACGACUUUGCCAAUUCUAACAUCAACGACGAGCACCUGAACAAGAUGAAUCCUCACCAUGUUCCUGAUGUGGUGCUGAUUAAGAAGAGCUACGAUCGCAGCCGGAGAGUCAAGCGCAGGAACUGGAAGCUCCAGGAGAUGGCCAGAGACCGUGAAGGCAUGGACACGGAUGAUGAAAGACAAUACCAAGACUUCCUAGAGGACCUGGAGGAAGAUGAGGCUUUGAGGAAGAACGUCAACAUCUACAAAGAUGCCUCCAAGAUCCCAGUGGAGAGCGACACGGAUGAUGACGGAGCCCCUCGCAUCUCCCUGAUGGAGAUGAUGGAGGAGCUCAGUCUGACAGAUGCCACAGGAGGAGAGGGCGCUGACAUGAUGACCGAAUAACCAGCUGCUCGCCUGCGUGGCGCUGAUGAUGCAGUGAAUUACAAAUGUCCGUUUUUGACCUCGCCACAAACCGAUGAUGUUUGAUGAUGAAGACAUUCUGACUGAGGUUCAUAAACUGGGACUCGUCGUCUAAAAAAGCACUUUCACUACAAAAGAGCUUCAACUUUUACAUCUGGUCUAAUAAAACACCUCGUAUCGUUUCUACUCUCACUCAGCAUUUAAAACGGGUGUUUUAAAAUGAGUAAAUGUUAUGAAAUGUGAAAACAAAGUGAUCAAAAUAAAAAUUCACCCAUCAUGA